AUGUGUAAAAUAAAAAAAAAAAAGGAAACCCCGCUUGCCAACGCAGCAUUCUGGGCUGCGAGGAGGGGAAACCUGGCCCUGCUGAAGCUGCUGUUAAACAGUGGUCGUGUGGAUGUGGACUGCAGAGACAGUCAUGGCACCACGCUCCUCAUGGUCGCCUCCUACGCUGGCCACAUAGACUGUGUGAGGGAGCUGGUUCUGCAGGGCGCAGACAUCAACCUCCAGAGAGAGUCAGGUACAACUGCCCUGUUCUUUGCUGCCCAACAAGGCCACAAUGAUGUCGUGAGAUUUCUCUUUGGAUUUGGAGCAUCCACUGAAUGUAGGACCAAAGAUGGCGGCACUGCCUUGUUGGCUGCCAGUCAGUAUGGGCACAUGCCAGUGGUGGAGACCUUGCUGAAACAUGGAGCCAACAUCCAUGACCAACUUUAUGAUGGAGCCACUGCCCUCUUCCUAGCUGCCCAAGGAGGUUACUUGGAUGUCAUUCGACUGCUGCUGUCUUCAGGGGCAAAAGUCAACCAACCAAGGCAGGACGGAACCGCACCGCUGUGGAUCGCGUCCCAGAUGGGCCACAGCGAGGUGGUGCGCGUGAUGCUGCUAAGGGGAGCUGACCGUGAUGCUGCACGCAACGACGGCACUACAGCAUUGCUGAAAGCGGCCAACAAAGGGUAUAAUGACGUCAUAGAGGAGUUGCUCAAAUUCUCCCCUACUCUCGGCAUUUUGAAGAAUGGAACUUCGGCUCUCCAUGCGGCAGUGCUCAGCGGGAAUAUUAAAACAGUUGCGCUGCUCCUUGAAGCAGGGGCAGAUCCAGCCUUGAGAAACAAGGCCAAUGAGCUUCCAGCAGAACUAACCAAAAAUGAACGCAUACUGCACCUCUUGAGAAGCAAAGAAGGACCUGGCAAGAACGAGUUUGGUUCCAGCUUAGACAGAUAG